AGAAAUGCGACUUGCGAAAUGAGCAUCGUGCUACGCAGUUAACGUUUCUGACUUCUGACAAAAUCAGUGUGAAUGUUUGCAAUUUGUUCAAACCACACUUCAUAGCAGAUCUAUUAUAUAAACAGGACAGCUCGCAGGUCCUCGGUUUGAUCUCAAGCUCGGGUUACUUUCUGUGGACUUUCUCGUGUGGGGUUUCUGGGUUCUCCAGUUUCCUCCCAUGUCCUUAAAAACAUGCUGGUAGAUGGAUUGGCUGCGCUAAAUGAGUGUGUGAAAGUGUGCUUGUGUGUGUAUAGGUGCGUGUGUGUGUGAUGCCCUGCAGUGGACUGGCAUCCAUCAAUUCUAUCAAUUGUUCGAAAUUUUUGAAAGGAGUCUCCAGUGUCAGGUUGUCAUCCAGUUUUUUUUAACAAUAGGCAGAGUGAUGGGCGAACAUCAGGGCAAGCAGCAAAGGAAAUGCAGUUUUACCUUGCGGUUCGGCUCACGUUCUCCUCGGCUUCACUUCACGUCAUGGACCACGCCCCUCUCGUUAUAUAUGCAAAAAAAAAAAAAGUUUGUUUGUCGGUAAACAAGACCUUUUAGCUGUACUCGUUCGACGCACAUGAAUCAAAGACGGUUUUGGCUGAACGCACGUCGUGACGACGUCACAUGAUGCGUCUCGGCUUGGACCUGCGGAAAAUCUGAAAAAUCGCAAACAAUCCUCAGAAUAUGCGGAGUUUGCUUGAUUUUGGACAGGAGUGUGAAAGCAAGGUCUAGACUGAUCUCUGUUGUCGUGCUUGUUUCGAAUUCGCUGCAAUAACAUUACCAUUAAAAAAAAGAAAACAAGUACAGGCUUUUUUUUGUAAUAUAACGAGAUUUUCUGAUUCAUAUUGUAGCUUUUGUUGUGAUGUUUCAGAGACGUCGACCAAUAACAAGUCUCGCUGAUGCGAUCGAUAGCGCUCCGUGUCGAUUUCGUACUAUAAGAAAGUGCUAACUUUAUAAAGAUAUGCAGCAUGGAGCAAAAAAAAAAAUUGUGGAAAAAAAAAUGCGAUAUUAUAUAAAUACAGGUGUAUUGUAUCGAGUAUCGUAAAAUUUAUCAGUUAAAAAUUAAACAUUUAUUUAAAAAAAAAGGUUUGAAAGUCACAUCACUAGAUUAUUUGCAUAUAUUAAUGUUAAUGGAGUUUGAUGUUCAUAAAUUAAGAGUGUGUGUGUGUGUGUUUAUUGCAGAGGUGCAUGCUCGCGUAAAAAGACACAUGUACACAUACACAUUUGCUCUCACGUACAUACUUAAGUGGAUGAGCAGUGUGUGUGUGUGUGUGUGUGUGUGUGUGUGUGUGUGUUAGCAAGUGAAAAGCCAGGUGUGAGCAGCUUAAUUUAUCCUUGCUGUUUAUGUUUCAAGUCCAGUUACUUAUAAUCUUAUAAUCUCCCAUAUAUGUAUGUGUUGAGUGUGUGUGUGUGUGUGUGUGUGUGUGUGUGCGUGCAAUGUGGUCAUCAUCAUGUGAUGAGCACACUGUAUUAGAGCAAAAAUACAACAAGCACCUUAGCAACUGCCCAAAUAGACAACACACACAUACACACACACACACACACAUACACACACACACACACACACACACACACACACACACACAGACUGUUUGUCAGUCAUGGAAACUUGCAGCUGUUACAGGACCCUGUCCCCGUGUCUCUGGUGAAUUUGGUGAUGAACUCUCCCAUCUCAUCCAUGAAGGAUCUACAGGAGCUGCUGGACGUUCACUCCGUAGAAGAAGAAGAGGACGAAGAUCAUUCGAAUGGAACGCAUAAACGCCUUCCCAGAAGUCUCGGUGAUGUGCAGAUGGCUCAGCCGGCUGUGUGUAAGGUGCGAACUGAGGUGAUGGAGGUUACGCGCUCCAUGUUAGACCGAAGCAAUGCUAACUUCCUGCUCUGGCCACUUUGUGUGGAGGUGCAGCGCUGCUCAGGCUGCUGCAACACGCGGACGCUGCAGUGUGUGCCCGUUUCCACCGAGACGCGCCAUCUACAGAUGACUAAGAUCCAGUUCGUCAACAGACAGCCCUUCUACGAGAAGGUCGUCUUACCUGUGGAGGACCAUCUCAGCUGUAGCUGUAAACCACGCACUGUCAGUCACACCACUUGGACGAAGACCACGACGUCCCCACCUCCUCCCCCCAGACUCGUCAGCAAACCCCCCAUCUCCAGGAGUCAAUCAAAAGAGGAGUUGCAUCGCCACGACGACCUGAAACACAACCAGAGGUUCCAGCUGGAGGAUCGAGAGACUCAGUGGCAAUCGAAAUACACACUGUCGCACACGCAGAGAGUGCCCGUACACACGCCCGUACGCACGCCCGCACACACGGAAGACGCAUCGACGAGGCACGUGAGCUUUGGCGUAACACGUAUGCUGAGCGACACGACGCAACACCUCACACCGACGCAAGAGCACCACAGACACCACUUGGAGCCGGAGAAGGUUCAGGAACACCACGCGCACUCUGGCAGUGGCGACGACAAGAUAAAAUCCACAGCAAGCGGAGAACACACAGAACAUCGUCAGCAUCACCACGACAACCACGAAGCAGUGACAAAACACAGCCAUGAGCUGAGCGAAUCACACACCACUGAGCAUCACCACAGCCAAUCAGACAUGACGCUUCACCACAGCAGCCAAUUGGAAGCCCCAGUGAUCACCUUUAGCCACGUAGAGGUCAUUGGCCAGUCAAGCGGCCAAAGCGAGAUGUCUAGCCAAUCGUCAACGCCCAGUUUGCACCAAUCAGAAGAGAAGGACCAGCUCCAAAGCCAAUCAGAGGCAGACAAGCUAUCAGAGUUGGGGCAGGAAAAAGUAGAGCAUCACCAUCAUCACCAUCAUCAUCAUCAUCCAACACAAGCUGGCACACAAAGAGCAGUGACAAACGCUCCUGCCGGCACGCCUCCUACGCCUCACACACCCCCUCCCGCCGUUCCUCAGCGGAAACGAAGGAGAAAGCAAAGGAGAAGAAUGAGCAAGUCCGCCAUGAGGGCCAUGAUCAUGGUCAUGUCCUAAACGAACCGGCACUUUGCCAUCACGGACCAGAAGAAACCCGGAGAGACGCCGGACACCGCACAGACACAUGCACUGACACACUGGAAAUAUUGCUCACAAUAACUGGAAAUGGCUUCGAUCUCUGACACCUGAACUCCAAAUGACUACGUUUCCCAGCAGCCAGCACGGCCAAGAAGCUUCGACGCUCGGCACCAUGGGAUAUCCUUAGUCUUCAUUGCACAUGAAAGUGACACUGCUGACACAACCGGCCAAAUAAUGAGACUGCAUGGAAACCAAUGCAGGGAGCAUUUGCCAAAUACUGAGAUUGCAUCUCAAAGUAUGAGGAGUCAGCCUGCCAGAUAAUGAGACGGCAUCUAAUACAAAGCAGACGCAACCUGCCAAAUAAUGAGACUGCAUGAAAAUCAAUGCGGGAUGAUUUGCUAAAUCAUGAGAUCGCAUCUAAUGCAAAACUAGAGAUACUGCCUGCCAAAAAAUGAUACUGUGUCUCUAACUAUGAGGAGUCAGCCUGCUGAAAAAUGAGACUGCAUCAAAGUCAAUGCAGACACAACCUGCCAAAUAAUGAGAUUAUUGCCUAAAACACAGUAUGUAACACAGGCUGCCAAAUAGUGAGACGUAAUUAUAAGAUAAAUAUGUAAAGACUAUGACGGAUUCUUAACCCACACUUGCAAAAUAGUGAGCAAUAGCGACUAGUGGUGUGUCAUGUUGUCGUGUCUCUCGGAUUAUUUUGUGGAAAAAAUGUGGGGGGGCGGCAGGGGAGGGGGGGGUGGAUGUCCCAUGCGGACUAUAAACUGCAAUUAAAAGCAAGUCCCGGUUACCCUGGACUGCAACAGAGCAGAUUAAAUCUUACACCUGUGGCCGAUCGAGAUACCUGGAUGCUAUUGAACGGACAUAAGGACUUGAGCCGCAACUUUACUGGGAGUGUAAAUUUAUUACACAAAUUAAUUUAAAACCUAAUGCCAACCUCACCUUCGUCACGUACUGCUUGCUUGUAAAGUGUUCUUGUGUUGAAUAGAGUCAAAUCGCAACAUAACUGAGACGUCGCGCACUGGAAUUCUGUUUCUCAAGAAACAAAGCUGUACUAUUAGCAACGCUGCUAAUGCUAGUCAUAGCACAACUGGAAUAUACUGCAUGUUUUAGCUUGAGCGCAUUAGCCAAAACAAGUUUAAAAAGAAACAAACUGGUUUAUCAUCAUCAACCUGUAUGGGGGGUGAUAUAAAGAAUGUCAUAAACUGUGCUUAGUCACGCUAAAACUACUGAUGCUACAGACGCUAGCAGGAACUUGUGUAUUAAAACUACUGUUUGCUAAGUAAGGCAUAAGGCUAUAUUGUAAAUGUUACAAAUUUUUAUUUUUCUGCUGUUUUGUUUUUCUUAACUUAUUUAUGAAAAUGGUAGAUGUUUUCAUCUGCUUCUGACAGUAAUAAAAUGUUAUUAAGGAUAAUUAUUGUAAUAAUGUAAUAAUGCUAUUUUAAUAUAAAUCUAAAUAUGUGA